AUGGUUGGAAUUAAAAAAAGAACUCAACACUUAAAAAAUAUUGCUAAAAUUUCUGUGCAGUCAAGACAAGAAAAACAAAAAAUACCAGAGGAUAAUGAAAUUUAUGAUUCUGCUAAUUCUGAUGAUUUUGAAGAAAUGAUUUCAUAUUUUGAUGAAGAAUUUGAAAAUAACAGUGAAUCUUUAUUCCAAUUACUGAUUAAUAAUAUGAAAAAUUAUAAAGCCAAAAGACCUUUAACCUAUCAUGGAAAUUCAACAAGAACACAAAAAAGAAGAAAGGCAUCAACAAAAGAAAAUAUCAAUAAAAAUGGUCAAACUCUUGAUCAAUUUUUUAUUUUAGAAAAAAAUUCUAGUAAAGAAAUGACUCAGGAUAAUGAUUCACAAAGUUCUGAAACAGUUAAUAAUGAAUUAGAAAUAGUUGAUAAUUUUCAAAAAAUAAAUUAUGAUUAUUUGUUAAAAGAUAUUGAAAUCAAACCUGAUGAAUCAUUUGAUAUUGCAAAAAGUUAUAAUCUAAGAUUAAAAGCUUUGCAAUAUUAUUUUCAAUUAUUAAAAAGAAAUCAUAAAAAAUUUGAAGCAGCAAAUUUAGUUUCAAAAAUCUUAAAUAAAGGCCCAUGGUUUUCAAAAUGUAUAAGAAGUUGGGGAAAGUCAUUUAUAGAAUAUGGUGAUAUUUCAUAUAAAAAAAGAGGCAAACAUUUAAGAGGAAGUAUUAUUGAUUAUGAAGAUGUUCAGAUUAAAAUAUCAUCUUUUUUAAGAAAGGAAAAAUUUAAUGUGACUGUAAAUAAUUUUAAAGAAUUUAUUGCUAAAGAUGUAUUUCCUAGUAUAGGAGUUGAAAAUGAGACAGCAAUCAGGUGA